AUAUUGAAAAUAAAACUCCAUUUACUGAAUUAAAAAUUUCAAAGAAAAUAAUUAGUUUACAGAUAAUGAUAGUUAUUUAAAGUAAAAUAUAAAACUAUUUAGUCAAAAAUGUUGCGAUUCGAACCACCAAAAUUACCAUCACCUCCCAAAUUAAAAGAAAAGGACCAGAUAAUUUUUCUUAGUGAUCCAACAUGGGAUAAAAUAGCAGUAUACUUUACAACUAAUCAUCAGCGAUAUCGAGAAAAUAUUAUAAUACCUAGAGGUCCUGCUCCAGUACACAUUGUAACGAAUGAGGAAAAAGCCAUGCAAAAAUUUAUGGAAAGUUGUGUUUUUAAAAGUAUUUUUAGUGGCGUUUUAGGUUAUGGAUUAGGUGCAGCACUUGGUUUAUUUUCAUCUAGUGUAAAUCCAAAUGUUGCUGCUGUUGAACAACAACAAACAGCUCGUCAAAUAUUUCGUGAAAUGAAAGUCACAACUUUGGGUUACGCUAAAAAUUUCGCAACUAUUGGAUUACUAUUUUCGGCUAUGGAAUGUACUGUAGAAUCGUAUCGUGGUAAAACUGAUUGGCGGAAUGGUACCUAUGCUGGUGGUCUAACAGGAGGCCUUAUUGGUCUGCGAGCGGGUGUCAAAGCAGGCGUAAUUGGUGCAGCAGGUUUUGCAGCGUUUUCUGCAGCCAUAGAUUAUUAUAUGCAUAGUUAAUAAAAGUGAUAAGAUAAAAAUACUUGUACAAAGAAAUUUAUCAAAUAUAAGAUGUAAAAAGAAA